AUGGUGCCGUGGACGCGACAGGUGGUGUCUGGGGUGGAACUGCUGCGGUCGGGGAAGUAUAACAAAGGGAUGAGCUUCACGCGGGACGAACGCGAUAGGUUGAACUUGCGCGGGUUGUUGCCGCCGGCGGUGUUCGAUCAGAGCGUGCAGGUCGAGCGCGUGAUCGAGCGCUUGCGUCGGGUGACGAACGACGUCGAAAAACAUGCGUGGCUCGCGUCGCUGUACGAACGAAACGAGCGGCUGUUUUAUCGCGUGGUGAAGGACCAUUUGGAGGAGUUGUUGCCGAUUUUAUCGGCGCCGACGGUUUGGCAAGUGUGCGCCGAGUUUGGUUUGAUGUACAGACGACCGCGCGGGUUGUACAUCUCCAUCAAAGACCGCGGGUCCGUGUAUAGGCUGUUGAAAAAUUGGCCCGUGCGCGACGUCAAGGCGAUCGUGCUCACGGACGGGCAACGCGUCACGGGACUCGGCGAUUUGGGCGUCCAAGGCAUGGGCACGGCGGUGGGCAAGUCGACGUUAUUCACCGCGCUCGGCGGCCUCGACCCGGCGGACGUGUUGCCAAUUUGUAUCGAUGUGGGUACGGACAACCAGGCGUUGCUCGAGGAUAAGUUUUACAUCGGUCUGAGGCAAAAGCGAACCGGCGGCGAGGAAUACGACGACUUGCUCGACGAAGUCGUCUACGGGUUGAAGCGGCGUUUCGGCCCGCGCGUGUUGCUAUGCUUCGAAGAAUUUUCCAACAAGAACGCAAAGCGAUUGCUUGAUCGAUACAACAGCAAUUCUGUCGCGUAUUGCGAUGAUUUGCAGGGCAUCGCUGCGACGACGUUGGCGGCGAUUAUCUCGGCGCUGCCGCAAAUGGGCGGAUCAUUGAGAGAGCAGCGGUUUCUUUUCGCCGGCGCCGGGGAGACCGGUGCACACACCGCAGAUUUAUUGGCGACGUAUAUUUCGCAACAACACGGCAUAUCGUUGCCCGAGGCGCGAGAGAACAUUUAUUUCAUAGAUAGAAAAGGUUUGGUGACGCGCGAUCGGGCGCAACGCGAGGACGAUUUGGAAAUUCACAAACUACCCUACGCGCACGACAUGGAAGGUGCGGCGUCCGUGCGCGAAUCCGUCGAGCUCAUCAAACCGACGGCGUUGAUUGGCGUCCUGCUGAAGGAUGAAAAGCUCUUCACCGAGGACGUGUUGCGCGCGAUGGCGAAACAUAGCGAGAAACCGCUCAUCAUGGCGCUUUCGCGACCGAGCGCGCUGCGCGAGUGCACGGCCAAGGAAGCGUACGAGGCGACGAACGGGAAGUGCAUCUUCGUCGGCGGGUGCAAGUCGACGCCGUUCGAGUACGCGGGUAGAGAAAUCGCGCCGUCCGAAUGCAGCACCGAAUACGUCUUUCCGGGAUUGGGACUCGGCUUGACCAUCGCCGAAGGCACGCGCGUGCGAGACUCUUUACUCAUGGAAGCCGCCGAAGUCGUGGCCAACAGCGCCACUCCGGGCGAUAUCGCUCGCGGCGCCGUGUUCCCGCGAAAGCGCCACAUUCCCGACGUCUCCGCGCGCGUCGCCGCGCGCGUCGCCGGUAAGGCGUUCGCGAGCGGUUUGUCCGCGCUCCCGGGCAAGCCCAUGGACUGGCUUCGCUUGGCGAAAUCGUGGAUGUUCGACCCGACGUAUCGCCCCUACACGCCUUGA